GACUGAUAGAGUUGGGAAUAAGUUAGACUUGAAACAGGAAUAUUUAAAAUUUGAGGGUAUUGAUUCACAACUCGUUGGCUUAUGUUAUCGGGCAUUUGUUCGGAACAUAGAAACAAAGGAUUAUUGAGGUGCGAGAUCAAAGUCAUUGUCUUUACAACUUGUGUAUCUUACUCGAACAUUGCACGGGUUGUAGACUGUACCUGGGUUACAGGCACAGAAGUACGACGAGAUAGGAGUAUGUUCUAUUGUCGUAUUUAUUUUUCUGUGACUGUGUCUGCAUUGAUCGUGUGAUGUGCUACAGUGUAUAUGAAAGGAAUUUAGUUCAUACAGAGGAAAUAUUUCUUUUACUCGGGAAAUUCAAUGAAAAAUAAGUUUGUUGUUAAAUAGACUUUUUUAAUAAUCAAAUUUUUGUGUGCUUAAUACUUUGGUGCAUUUUUUUUUCUUGUUACCCGUAGUAUCAUACCGAUUCUUCGUGUGCAUAAUUCAAUUUGUGGCAUUUUAUGGAAAACAAAUUACCCGCACCUUAACUUGAAUUUUUAAUCUUGGAACCAAUAACUCUGGCUUAUAUUGCAAACAGGAUCUUUAAAAGGCAUUCACAUUUUUCUUUUAAUAAAAAAAAAUUCUAAAGAUCGGACAUUAGAGAGCCAUCAUGACUGAGAUAAUGGAUUAUUUAAUAUCUCAGGUGAAUCGGGGGCAGCAGAAAUUUGAAAUCACAGUGUUGCCCAAUAGGCAGAAAGCAGCCAAGACAUUUUCACCUCACAUGAUGGGAGGAAAAAGUCCAACAAAGCGCCCUCUAUAUCGGAACCAGGAGGAGUCUGUCAACAACACAACGUACCACGAGUAUCCCACAAAGCCCUUCAUCAACGACGAUUACCGAUUUGAUCCCACCAAGCCUGUCAAACCCUUCCCAGAAAACAACAGAACAGCUGUGAUUUCAGCACUCAAGAAUCUGCAAGAAAAAAUACGGAAGUUAGAGGUGGAGAGGGGGACUGCAGAAAACAACCUGAAAUCUCUGGCUGCAGAGACAACAAAGUACAAGAACAUCCUCCAGAAAGAGCCACAGAACAUCCCAGGUCAAUCCACAGUGUCCAAACACACACAAGAAUUAGAGACACAGCUGACAGCAGCAGAGACGCGGAGUCAGCUUCUGGAGAAACAGCUGGACUACAUGAGGAAAAUGGUGCAAACCGCUGAAAGCGACCGCCAGGAGGCGGUGAUCAAAGCGGCGGUGUCUGACCGUGUGGACAGGGUUACACAGUCACCGCCGCAGCCCGGCCCCUCCCCCGAGUAUCUCAGGCAGCGGGAAAAACUAAUGGACCUAGAGCGAGAGCAUCUCAGACUCACAGCAUCUCAAACUCUCUCAGAGAAUAAGAUUCGUGAGUUGGAGGAAAAACUACAAGAAGAGAAACAUCGCCGAAGGCUGAUAGAGGAGAAAGCAGUCGAGCAAGAGUCUGUAGCUGAGUCUGCUCGGAUACUAAGGAACGCAGAGAGUAUUGAGAGAUUAACUCAAAAAGCCAAGAAAACAAAGAAACGACGGAAAGCGUCGGCUCACAAAAAACAGAAACAGUCCCCGCCCACAGAUCACAGCAAGCACUACCGCCUCAACCUGGCCGAGAUUCCCUUCGUAGCCGGAAAGUCUCUAACAGCCAGUCACUCGGUGGGAGCCAAUGUACAGCGAGUGCUGUCACUGAUGAAGACCCACAACAUGGCGCUUUGUAAUGGCCUGGACCACCAGGCCUCGCGCUCCUCAUCGCCCUCUUCAGGCUCCUCCAGCUCCUCGAGUAUAGACACGGACCUCGCCGAGCUCCUGCUACAGUUACAGGACGAGUUUGGCCAGAUGAGCUGUGAGCACCAGGAACUGUCCCACGAGAUCAGCGAGGCCACAGACCCCCAAAUCCGCGAGGAUCUCGAGCGAGAGCUGGACGCACUAGUGACCCGAAUGGAGGGCAAAAGUCAGCAGAUCUCCAAAAUCAGACGACAUCAAAACAAAUUAGAUCAAAAGAAAAAGAAAAAGAAGUCAGUGGAUCCCUCGAAGCAGAGAUCAGCUUCAGCGAAUGCUUACUGUCAUCAAAACGGGGAAGUCGAAGUCACAACCACAAUAAAAACUCGUGGCCGCUCAGCGGGUGUGGUUCACGUACGACCUUCAAGUGCCAGGGAGGUGUCGUUAAAUGUGUUAAAGGACAUGAAGAAAUUACAGACCACUUUACGGAAAGAUGAUUUAACUUGGGAAUAGCCAGAUCUGAUAUUAUUAAAUGAUUUUCACCGUGAUUUUUCCAUUUUCAACUGUGAUAUUGCAUGGCUUGUGCUCAUUUAUUAUUAUGGGAUUGAUUCUCGCCCAUCUCUCGCUCAGAAUGUGCCCGAGUGUUUGUCUCACGGCUUCAAUCAUGGAUCACCAUUUUUAACUGAUAGUCUGUUGUUUUUUGGUCGUGAAUGUUGCAUGUAUUUCACGAGAGGACUGUUUUUAUACUGCCUAAUUACAAUAAUACAGUAUGUGCCACACAAACGCUGUACCACAUUUAUUGAUUCAAAAUAGAAUAUAUAUAGACAUUUUGAAUUUCAUAUAUCAUUGCAUUACAUUAUUUUAUUUCAAUCUAAUUUUAUAUUUUUUUCUCAAGAUAUAACAAUUCAUUUUUUCCUUCCCAAUUCUUCAAAUGUUUUUGCAACCUAAGCAAAACCUUUUCUGUUUUACUGUGAAUCUAUUUGGUUGAAUUUAUUUGGCCAUUGAAAUAGACAUUUAGCUCACCUUAAUUAUUUUCAUUUCUGUAAAAUAGACCUAGUUAUUUAAAUCUGGAAAGAAAAUAAUGCAAAGACUAAUAAACAAAUUUGAAUGAAGUUUUUUUCUAUGAAAAUAUUUUAGACACCAUAGUUAUAUUUUUAUUGGAGGUACUGAUCAUGAUUGUCAAUAAUUAAUGUUCAAAAUGAAAGAGAAUACUGAGUAGUUGUUUUAAGAACGAUUUUUUCUCGCUAUCAGAGCAUGAUUAAGAUAUUAUUGAGGCCAAUAUGACUCUUGUUCUGUAGCAUUUUACAAGAGGUUAGAUAUUUUUAAUUAUAGGUUCGUUUUUUAACUUAAUUGUAAAUUAUAAAUUGUAAAUACUUUCAUAUAUUUAUAUACAUGUACAAAGAAACUGUUUACCUCAAUAAAAGCUUAUAAAGUGA